AUGAGUCACUAUUAUUCUAUCCAUCUUUUCUCUCGUUCUCUCGUCUACAAAAAAAAAUACUCACAUCAUCGAAACAUCAUACUCACACUUAUCAUCAUUCAUUCAUUACAUCAUUACAGAGAACAAAAUGGUUCCGCGUUCAAAUCAAAGAUCGUGUGCACCCUAGGCCCGGUCUCGCGAACUGUUCCCAUCUUGGAAAAGAUGUUAAAGGCUGGCAUGUCCAUCGCGAGGUUCAACUUUUCGCACGGUUCUCACGAGUACCACCAAGAGACUUUGGACAACCUUCGUCAAGCGAGUGAGAACACCGGCAUUAUGUGCGCGAUUUUGCAAGAUACCAAAGGUCCGGAAAUCCGUACCGGUUUGCUCGAGCACGGUGAACCAGUGCAUUACCACGCCGGCGACGAAAUCACUUUGACGACAAACUACGACACGGUCGGUAACAACAAGUUGAUCGCAGUUUCUUACCCUGACUUGGCUAAAGAUGUUUCCGUCGGGUCUAAGAUUCUCUGCGCGGAUGGUUCAUUGACUUUGACCGUACUCAAGUGCAACGUCGCGGAAGGCACGGUCGUCGUCAAGGCUGAAAACAGCGCGAAACUCGGCGAGCGAAAGAACAUGAACUUGCCGGGCGUGAACGUGAACUUGCCGACUAUUACGGAGAAGGAUCGCGACGAUUUGUUGAAUUGGGGCGUGAAGAACGGUGUUGACUUCAUCGCCGCUUCCUUCGUUAGAAAAGGUUCGGAUAUAGACUACAUUCGAUCGGUUUUAGGUGACGCGGCGCCGAAAAUCUCAAUCAUCUCGAAAGUUGAAAACAUGGAAGGUUUGGACAACUUUGAAGACAUCGUGGAUAAAUCAGACGGCGUGAUGGUUGCCAGAGGUGAUUUGGGCAUGGAGAUUCGUAUGGAGCAAAUCUUCUUGGCGCAAAAGAGAAUGAUCAAAAGGUGUAACGAGGCGGGUAAACCAGUCAUUACGGCGACGCAAAUGUUGGAGUCCAUGACUGGCGCACCUCGACCGACGAGAGCGGAAGCUACGGACGUUGCGAAUGCCAUCUUAGACGGUACCGAUUGCGUCAUGUUGUCCGGGGAAACGGCUGCGGGUGAUUAUCCGUUAGAAGCUGUGUCGUGCAUGGCGGAUAUUUGCCGCGAAGCUGAAGCGUACAUAGACUCCGCGGCGGUGUUCCAACAACUUCUCGCGUACCAAUCGGUUCCGAUGAAUAUAUUAGAGUCACUCGCAUCUUCUUCCGUUCGGUCGGCGCAAAAAGUAGGAGCUAAAUUAAUUGUCACCCUCGCAAAAUCUGGGAACACGUCUCGAUUGAUUGCAAAGUACCGUCCAGACUGCCCCGUCCUUUCUGUGUGCGUCAACAUGGAAGAAAAUACACACGAUCCUGAAAACACGGCGAGACGAAUGCUCGCCUCGAGAGGUUUGAAACCUAUGAUUGAGCCAGCGGAGUGGCACGCGCAAUCCGGCCAUCCUCAGGAGAUAUCUGCUAACGCGAUUCUUUACGCGAGAGAUAAGCUCGGUUUGAUCAAGACUGGCGAUUACAUCGUAUGUGUCCACAGACUCCUCGGAGAUGCUAUUAUGAAAAUCGUGGAGUGCCCGUAA